CUAUGCUCGGCAUGUGUGAUGUGCAUGUGUGAGAUUUUGUUGCACAAUAUUUCUUGAAUUUUUCAAUAAAAAAAUAAGUUUCGUCGGUUUUUAGUGUCGUGUUUGUGUUGCAGGUGCAUCAUGAAGCUGAAUUGUAACAAGAAUAACCCUCUUUUAGGCGGUUUAAUUGCGGCUGAAUAUGUAAAAACCUUAAAGAACGUUUCACUGGAAGUACAGUGGGGCGAUGCUAAUGUUAUAGAUAAUUGUUCCAAGAAAAUCCUCUGUGAGACAAAUAAUGAUUUAUUGAGAGCUGUUGCGAGAUUAUUUUCCGAAAAUGAGUUGUAUGGAAGCACCCCAAUAGAAAAAACUGAAGUCGAUCAUUGGCUGACCUACUCACUGAGUUUAAAAACAUCAAAAAAUGAUUUUAGAGGUCUUUUAACACUGCUGAAUAAAUCUCUACAAUCAGUCACGUUUCUGGCUUGUAAAAGAUUAACAAUUGCUGAUUUUGCAGUUUUUGCAAGUCUCUACAGUUCCAGACCUUGGCAAGACUUGAUUUCAAAAAAAGAAACUCCAGUUAAUGUUAUGAGAUGGUACAAUUUUCUCCAGUCACAACCAGUUGUUGUCGAAGUUUUGAAUUCAUUGCCCCAUGAAGCUAAAUCAGCAUUGGUACCACCUGCUGGGAGACAGUCUUUAGACAAAUCGAAUGUGGGCAAUAGGGCUCAAGAGGGCAAAUUUGUUGAGUUGCCAGGAGCUGAAAUGGGCAAAGUCGUGGUGAGAUUCCCACCAGAAGCUUCAGGAUAUCUUCAUAUUGGUCAUGCUAAGGCGGCCCUCCUCAACCAGUAUUACCAAGAGGCCUUCAAUGGAAAGCUUGUGAUGCGUUUUGAUGACACAAACCCCGCGAAAGAAAAUUUACACUUUGAGAAAGUCAUCCUUGAAGAUGUUGCUUUGUUGGAGUUGAAACCAGAUAUGUUCACUCAUACUUCACAGUAUUUCGAUUUAAUGUUGGAAUUUUGUGAGAAGCUUUUGAAAGAGGGCAAGGCCUAUGUGGACGAUACUGAUCCUGAAACAAUGAAAAUGCAACGGGAACAAAAAAUUGAAGCGGCUAGUAGAAAUAAUACCUACGAACAAAAUUUAAAAUUGUGGGAGGAAAUGAAAAAAGGGACACAGAAAGGUCAACAGUGUUGUGUCAGGGCUAAAAUUGAUAUGCAGUCACCUAACGGAUGUCUUAGGGACCCCACAAUUUACAGGUGCAAGAAUGAACCCCAUCCCAGGACAGGAGAUAAAUACAAAGUGUAUCCAACGUACGAUUUUGCUUGUCCCAUUGUCGAUUCCAUUGAGGGAGUUACUCACGUGUUGCGAACCAUGGAAUACCACGAUCGCGAUCCUCAAUUCUACUGGUUUAUUGAAGCUUUAGGUUUACGCAGACCUUACAUUUGGGAGUAUAGUAGACUCUCAAUGACCAACACUGUUUUAAGUAAACGAAAAUUGACUUGGUUUGUCAAUGAGGGACUUGUGGAUGGAUGGGAUGAUCCCAGAAUGCCAACCGUUAGGGGGGUACUAAGGAGAGGCAUGACUGUUCAAGGAUUGAAAGAAUUUAUUAUAGCCCAAGGUUCAAGUCGGUCUGUCGUUUUCAUGGAGUGGGACAAAAUUUGGGCGUUUAAUAAGAAAGUUAUCGAUCCUAUUGCUCCCCGUUACACUGCGGUUGAUUUCAAAGAUCCUGUUACAAUCACAGUGAGAGGAGUUAAAGAAGAAUGUCUUUCUGUUCCCAAACAUCCAAAAAAUACUGACGUUGGGAAUAAAUCAGUGUGGAUUGGGCCGAAAAUUCUUAUUGAUAGAGUCGAUGCAGAGUGUUUAAAGGAAGGUGAAAAUGCGACUUUUAUUAAUUGGGGGAAUUUGCUCAUUAAGAAAAUCAAUAAGGAGAAAAAUGUUAUUACUUCGAUUGAGGCUGAAUCUAAUUUGGAAAAUAAAGACUAUAAGAAAACACUGAAAUUGACAUGGUUAGCGGUUACAAAUAACGCGAAGUUUACACCAACUUGGUGUGUUUAUUUUGAUCAUUUAAUCAGUAAACCGCUUUUGGGAAAAGAUGAAGAUUUUAAGCAGUUUAUUGGGCACGAAACACGAAAAGAAUUUCAAAUGAUUGGCGAUCCUGAAUUGAAGAAGUUGAAGAAGGGGGAUAUAAUUCAGUUGCAAAGACGCGGUUUCUUUAGGGUUGAUGUUGCUUACGAACCUAUGGAUUUGGCUACUUGUAAGGAGCAGCCAAUUAUUUUGUUUUAUAUUCCGGAUGGACAUACUAAGGAAAGUCCAUUUGCUCUUAACACUGCCAAGGCUUUAACUAAUGCGGUCGAACAGCCAUCAAAAGCUGCCAAACAAGCCGACUCAAAAUCACUCAAAUCAGCUGCCGACAUCAACGCUGAAAUAAUAAAACAAGGCGACAUUGUACGAAACUUGAAAGCUCAAAAAGCAUCCAAAGAGGAAAUUGACAUUGCAGUCAAAGCCCUUCUCACGUUGAAAGCUGACUAUAAAAUAAUAACCAAAACCGAUUGGAAACCCGGAUGUGUGCCCCCAACAAUUUCUGUAUCUGACACUAGCGACCUAGAUGCGAAAAUAUCAGCACAAGGCGACAAAAUACGAAAAUUAAAGGCUGACAAAGCUGACAAAAGUGUGGUGGAAGUUGAAGUUAAAUCUUUAUUAGCUUUGAAACAAGAGUACAAACAGAGGUUUGGGAGAGACUGGGCCCCCGCGACUGCAAUACCUAUCAAAACUGAACCCGGAGAUGGCGAUUUAAAUAGCAAAAUUACCGCACAAGGUGAUAAAGUGCGUAAACUGAAAUCUGAGAAAGGCGAUAAAAGUGCGAUUGAUGCUGAAGUUAAAGUUUUAUUGGCUCUGAAACAGGAGUACAAACAAAAAUUUGGUAAAGAUUGGACUCCGGGAAGUAAUCCAGUUAAACCGGUUGAAACUUUAAGUAACAAAAACGAAUCGGAAUUGUUAGAUGCUAUCACGAAACAAGGAGACAUUGUUAGAAAAUUAAAAGGAGAAAAAGCUGCCAAAAGUGAUAUAGAUCGUGAAGUUAAAACUUUAUUAUCUUUGAAAGACGAUUUCAAAAAAUUAACCGGAAAAGAGUGGAAGCCAGGCAUGAAACCUGAAAAUAAUAUUUCAGUCACUUCUCCUGGUGAUAAUUCAAUUUCUAAAGAUGCAUUAGUGGCUAAAGUUACCGAACAGGGGAAUGUUGUGAGAGAUUUGAAAGGAAAAAAAGCGAGCAAAGACGAAAUUGAUAAAGCCGUCAAAAUUUUAUUAGACUUGAAGGCUGAAUAUAAGACACUAACCGGGACUGAUUUUCCAGCCCCUGGAAGAACUCCAACCAAACCAAAAGAAACACAAGUUAAAGUGGCGAAAAGUGCCCCUAAAGAAAAGCAUAAGAAACCUGCGCCUCCUCCAGCCGAUGAGGGCGGUUUGAAAAAACAAACACGUCUAGGCCUAGAGGCCACAAAAGAAGAAAAUCUUUCAGAUUGGUACUCUCAAGUGAUCACCAAAGGCGAAAUGAUUGAAUAUUACGACGUUUCCGGUUGUUAUAUCUAUAGACCUUGGUCAUUCGCGAUUUGGAAAGUCAUCAAAGAGUGGUUUUCGGCCGAAAUCGAGAAACUCGGUGUUGAGGAUUGCUAUUUCCCAAUUUUCGUAUCGCGGAGUGUUUUGGAGAAAGAAAAAACACACAUUGCAGAUUUUGCACCGGAAGUGGCAUGGGUUACAAAAUCCGGGGAUUCAGACAUGGCGGAACACAUUGCAGUGCGGCCAACUUCCGAAACUGUCAUGUAUCCAGCUUAUGCGAAAUGGAUUCAAUCUUAUCGAGAUCUCCCGGUCAAACUAAAUCAAUGGAACAACGUUGUGAGGUGGGAAUUCAAACACCCGCAACCCUUCCUUCGAACUCGGGAAUUUUUAUGGCAGGAAGGCCACACGGCUUACGCUUUGAAAGAGGACGCGGAUGAGGAAGUAAAAACAAUCUUGGACUUGUAUGCUACAAUUUAUACGGAUAUUUUGGCAAUUCCGGUCAUCAAGGGUCGCAAAACCGAAAAAGAAAAAUUCGCAGGAGGUGACUACACUCUAACUGUUGAAGCUUUCGUUUCUGCAAGUGGUCGAGCAAUCCAAGGGGCGACUUCGCACCAUUUGGGCCAAAACUUUUCGAAAAUGUUUGAAAUAGUUUACGAAGACCCCGAAACGCAAGAAAAAAAAUACGUUUAUCAGAAUUCGUGGGGCAUCACGACUCGAACUAUCGGUGUUAUGAUAAUGGUGCAUGCUGAUAAUAAGGGUCUAGUGCUUCCACCGAGGGCUGCCAGUGUUCAAGUUGUUUUAGUACCAUGUGGGGUAACUGUAGGUCUGUCGGAACAAGCGCGAAAUGAUCUCCAAGCCUCUUGUGAUAAUCUUGAAGCCGAAUUAAGGAAUUCCGGGAUUAAAGUCAAAGGAGAUUACAGAAAUAAUUACUCGCCUGGUUGGAAAUUCAACCAUUGGGAAUUAAAAGGGGUGCCAAUUCGGGUCGAGCUUGGCCCUAAAGACAUCGAAAAGAAACAAAUUGUGGCGGUUAGACGAGAUACCGGUGAAAAAAUUACUCUCCCACGUGAAACUGCUAUUGAAAAACUACAAAAUUUAUUGGAUGAUAUCCAGAAAAGUUUGUUACAGAAAGCCGCUAAAGAUAUGAAAAGUCAUACGAUUUUAUUGAAAGAUUGGUCACAAUUUGCCGCUAGUUUGGAUAAGAAAAACAUGAUUUUGGCACCGUUUUGUGGAGAAAUAUCGUGCGAAGAUAGAAUUAAAGCUGAGAGUGCUAGGGAUGAUGACGUCGAGCCUGGGGCCCCUUCAAUGGGGGCUAAAUCACUAUGUAUACCACUGGAACAACCAGCCUCUAUCCAAGACAGUGACAAAUGCAUCCACCCUGCUUGUAAAAAGAAGCCAUUAUUUUAUACAUUAUUUGGGCGAAGUUAUUAAUUUUGGUAAAAAUGUGUCAUUAAAAUAAAAAACAUUUUCAUAACACCA